AUGGCCCCAAAAGAACUCAACUUCAUCACAGGCAACGCCAACAAACUGGCCGAAGUACAAGCCAUCCUCUCAGCCACACCAGUCAAGCUACAAAGUCAAAACAUCGAUCUUCCAGAACUACAAGGCACAAUCGAGGAGAUUUCCACAGACAAGGCGAAGAGAGCGGCCGAAGCAAUCAACGGACCGGUACUAGUAGAAGACACAUGUCUCUGCUUCGACGCUUUCAAUGAAUUGCCUGGACCUUAUGUGUACACUACAUCUACAUUGCCCUUCGACUUGGCCGAUUGA